GCUUAUCGUUUCCAAUCGAGAUGAAGUGUACACGGCUUCCGCUACCUAUAGCAGCAAGCGACUGCGAUGUGUUUCUUGAACGCAUCAUUCACAUAUUAGUUCCACCAGUAGUUCAAGUGUGAGGACGCAAGCACUUCGAGAUGGGAUACUUCCUGAACUGAAACUAUAAAGAGGAUCAAAGUCAUCAGACGAAUAUUUGAGUUCCCAGUGAAUUGGUUCUACCUAAAUGUCGUUCUAAUGGAAAGCAACAGCGUAUCUAGUUCGACGUUUGCUACCUGUUGACCACGUGUCUGAUAUAAAACUAUAUUGAAAUCUGAAUCAGUGAUAGCGCACUAUGGACGACGACCAAUCAGAUAACAAAACUGAUAUUGUUUCAUGUCACAGCGGAGACGGAACGCCAGAGGCAGGCGAGACUUUGCGAGACUUGAACUGCUCGCAGACGUCAGGAUGCAGGCCGCUGGACAAGGAUGACGAGAACAGCGUUGAGAGGCGAUCGAGUUCCGGCUCGAGCCGAUCGAGCGGCAAAAUAAAGACGAACAAACUGAGAAGGAGAGGUGCCCCUUCUUCGCUGGAGGGUUCUCACUGGAAGAGGUUGAAGAACACGCUGCGAGCCGCCAACGGGUUACAAACCAUGACGUCAGAGAAAAAACGGAUGGACAUCCAACGCGAAGAUUCGUUCUUGAAGAGAUUCUCCACGCGAAAUCAAAGGAUACACCAGACCCCGCCUCCCGACGACGAGCAUGGGGUGAGGCAGCAGACCCAGAGUCGCAAACCAAAGCUUCCGCGCCAUUUCGUUGCCCACUACAACGGCCAGUUCAUGUUCUACUGGCUGGGGAUGACGACUCUCGCUGUGUUGUACAACCUCUGGUCGAGCAUAGCACGCGAAGCGUUCAGGGAGAUCCAGGAAAGCAGCCCCACUGCCUGGUUCGUGCUGGAUGCCUUAUGUGACGUCGUGUACAUGCUGGAUAUCUUCGUGCAGUUCAGGACGGGCUACCUAGACCAGGGCUUGAUGGUCUACGAUUCGAAGAAGCUUGCAAAGCAGUACAUGAGUAACAGACACAUGUUCUGUAUGGAUGUACUCUGUUUGCUACCCCUCGAUCUUGUGCAGCUGUAUAUUGGAAUACACCCCAUGGUUCGUUUCCCGCGAUUCAUUAAGGUAUACAGAACGUUUGGUUUUCUACAUAUGUUGGAGUCUAAGUCAGCCUAUCCCAACUUUAUUCGUGUUGCUAACCUCACGCAUAUGUUGUUCCUUGGUUCACACUGGUUUGCUGCCUUCUAUUACCUGAUCUCAGAAGCAGAAGAUUUCAAAGGGAAAUGGUCAUACCCUCGACCGGAAGGGGAAUAUGCAACAGUGACCCGGAAGUAUUUGGCGUCCUUGUUUUGGUCGACCUUGACAUUGACAACGAUCGGGGAUCUACCGCCUCCUGAUAGCAACUGGGAGUACGUGUUCGUAAUAGUGAGUUACCUCAUUGGCGUUUUCAUCUUCGCUACAAUUGUUGGUCAAGUAGGAAAUAUCAUUACUAACCGCAAUGCCAGCAGACAAGAGUUUGAAAGGCUUCUUGAUGGCGCUAAGCUGUAUAUGGCCACCCAUAGUAUUCCCCCGGAUCUCUCCAAGAGAGUCCAGCGGUGGUACGACUACGUUUGGUCCAGGGGCCGUCUCAACGGUUACGAUAUUAAUUCUAUUCAACUGUUACCAGACAAACUAAAAACAGAGUUGGCCAUCUAUGUGAAUCUUGAAACAUUGAAAAAGGUGACGAUCUUCCAAGAGUGUCAGCCGGAGUUCCUACACGACCUGGUGCUCAAGAUGAAAGCCUUCAUCUUCACCCCGGGCGAUCUCAUCUGUCGAGUGGGGGAGGUCGCCAGGGAGAUGUUCAUAGUCGCUGAUGGGAUGGUCGAGGUCAUCAGUGCAAAUGGAAUAGUGUUAAAAAGAAUGGCUGCUGGUGAUUUCUUCGGUGAAAUUGGAAUUCUCAAUCUAGAUGGAGGUAUCAACAGACGCACUGCUGACGUCAGAUCUGUUGGCUACUCGGAACUUUUCGUCGUUUCUCGGGAAGAUGUUCUCAAUGCGUUGAAAGACCAUCCAGAUGCGGAGUCCAUCAUCAGAGAUUACGGUCAGAGGCGACUAAGAGAGGUGGAGGCGCACAGGGUGAAUGUCAAACCACUGAAACAGUUAGACGUUGCUGUGUCCCACUCACCAUCGGGGUACGGCGAUCGCGAUUCAAACACAUUUGCCAGGAAGAAGGAUCAGAGUUUCUCGUCAGAGAUAAAACCGUUUGACUCCGAGGUGACGUACACCAAUGCCACGAGCAUUUUCCACCGAGCGUUCGGAACCUUAAGACGUCUGUUCCACAGAAAGGUUCGCAGACAGAAGGGAGACGACGUGUUCGAUUUGGAAAACAAGACGGCUUGGGUUGCGGAGGACAACUGUAAAGUUAAUAUGUGUUCCGAAUCGUCCAGGUUACCCAAAAUAACGAGACCUGCUCCUUCUGGAUACACUGCCGUCGAUACAGAGGACAAGGAUGUGUUUAAGAAUGAGAUGUAUUGUAUAGAGAAUGCUAUUUCUGAGUGCAGUGAACCAACGGAUAGUAACGUGUGUGCUAGUGACCCUUGCUGUGAUACGAUAAGCAAUCUGGAUUACGCGUCUGUACAUACGUCUGCUGCUGCUACAGGAGCAGACGACAAAGCGAUAGAGUCAGAGACAGUCUCACCCAAAACGCAUGGUGCUUUAGAGGUGUUCAAAACCACCACGUCACCGCGCAGGCGUGCAAGUGAGUUGACAAUCAAUGCUUCCGGUAGUCCUUCGCCAAAGAAAACAGUAAAAUCUACAUCCUUCAGCAGCCAGAAAGGUGUUUUCGAUGUGAUGUCUCCAAAACGAACAACAUCCCCAGUUUCACCCAAAACAACACCUACCAGAAAACUGUUUGAUAUCACGACAGAAGCUAUUCUGCCCCAGUAUCCUCCGUCUCCCAUUCCAUCAUCACAAGAUGCUCAGUUGCUUGGAAAACAAAUACAGAAUCUUGGCAGCAUUAUUGAAACCAAAAUGGAAUCUCUAGAGACUCUGUACACAGCAAGUCUUGAACGACUUGAGAAGAUCACAGCAGUCCAGGAGAGCUUGUUAAACUUAGUGCAAGAAAGUCUAAGACAACAGGUAUUCCGAGGAACAUCACCAAUCGUAAUGGAUACUGUUGAUUCAGAUUCAUCUUAGCCUCCCAGGUCAGAGGUUUCUUCCUUAGUGUACACCGACUGAGUACCUUGUUCCAACAGCAACACAAAGGACAUUGAAC